ACAGACCUUAACAAGAUAUUUUAUUGAUUUAACUAAUUUAGUUUAACAAUGACUCUUUUAAUAAAUGUAAUUCUUUAUUUAAUGGUGAUGAAUUGUUUUGCACAAUGGAUUGAAAGAGGAGGAGACAACAAAUUAGAUGCUUCAAACAGUAGACAGAACAGCAACGAUAAACGUGGCACUAGCAGAAAGGAAUCAAAUUAUGACAGCAAGAGGGAAGAAACAAAUGAAAAUAAUGAGUCUAACAUAGUCGAGCAUUCAAACCAAGAAGACAAUAUAAAUACAUACACCAAGGAAUCAAGAAAAGAAGAACAUGGGUCUAGCAGAAAAGGAUCAAAAUAUAAAAAGAAGAAGGAAGAGGUAGAUGAAUCAAACUUAGUAAUGGUUUCAAACGAAGAAGAUAUCUCAAGUAAUACAGGAUCUCAUGAUUCAAACUUGGAGCAGAGGGAAAAGCAAGAAGAAGAGAGUUCAUACGCUAAAGAAUUAAGGAACGAAGAACUAGGUUCCAGCAAUAAGGAAUCAAAAUAUGAAAAAAAGAAGGAAGAGGCAAAUGAAAUAGAUCAAUCAAACUUAGUAAUGGUUUCAAAUGAAGAAUAUGUUUCAAGUAAUAAAGGAAACCAGGAUUCAAAUUGGGGUGAGAGGGAAGGUCAAGGAGAAAAUGAGGAUUCAUACAAUAAAGAAUCAAACACACAAGAUUCAUAUUCCACAGAUUCAAGCUCUAAAAAUUCAAACUCUAGAAAAUCUACCUCUGAAGAUUCAAAUAACACCAAUGAUAUAACAAUAACCAAAGAAGUUACGAAAAAAGAUAACUCAAAGGAUACAAUGGAUUGCAAAGAACAUAAGGAAUGUAUGACAGAUAGAGCAUAUUGCCAUCCCCGAACAAAAAUGUGCCUCUGCAAAAAUGGAGCUGCAACAUAUCCAACGUGUGACAAGAAGGGCAAAUCAGAUAAAUGUCAACCUAAGUGCCCACCAAAUCAAAUGUGUACAAGAAAUGGGGAAUGUUCUUGUGAGCUGGGUGGGUUUCCUCCUGAUUGCAAUACAAUGAAAUGUGGACCUUUUGAAUCAGAAAUGAACAAAAAAUGUGUAUGCAUGUAUGGAUCAGAAAAAAAUGGGUCAUGCAACAAAUGUCGAAAAGAAUGUAGCAAAUCUGAAGUAUGCAAAAAGCAAGGGAAUAAGGGAUACAAAUGUGUUUGCGAAAGCUCGAGCAAAGCUCCUUGUGAUGUGAAACCUGGCUCAAAGCCUGAUUCACCACCAAAAUUAAAGCCUGAAUGGGAGAGAUGGUCUCAAUGGACUCCAUGCUCUUCUACUUGUGGUAACGGAAGACGGACUAGAAGAAGAACUUGUGAGUCUCGGGGAGAGUGUAGGGGAAAAGCUACUGAUAGAAGGAGUUGCAAUGAGAGACCCUGUCAAACUUAUUGUGAAUGGUGUGAAUGGGGUCAGUGGGCACCUAAUCCUGAAAAUACAUGUUCAAAUGAGAGGACAAGGACACCUGGUUGUCCGGCAGCUACAGGAGGAGGAAGUAACUGUGAAGGUGAAGAUAGCCAGCAGCAGUUAAUACCUACUAAUGAUUUAGGCCCAGUAAUGUCACAGGACUUCCAUCGUGGGACAGACUGGCCCAGAAAUGUGUUUGACGUAGAAUGCCCAGGUGGUUGCAUAGAAGUAAUCAAGGCAGUUUUUGAUUGUGAUCCAAGGGAAGCUAACCCUGAUGAAUUAGCAAGAGUUAAAGGACUAUGUGAUGGAAGGUCAAGAUGUCAGUUUGUUCCGGGUCCAGUGCUGUUUGGUCGAGAGAUCAAUUGUCCUGGUAAAUUUCCUGCAUCCUGGUUUAGUUGGAGAUGCAAUGGCAAUGGAAAUCAAAUGAAUGUUAAUAACAAUUUUGCUGAUAUGCCACCUAUGAUGAUGGGAGGACCUGGCGCUGAUUAAGCAGCACCUGCUGCACAAGCAGGGAGAUGAGGAUUGGUACUCCAACAUCCAUGAUUUUUUUUUAAUUUUUAUUUAUGGUUUAAUAAAUUACUAUUUUCAUACCAUUAUUGAAA